AAAAGGAAGAGAAUCAAGCUUUCCUCGAGUGAUCCCUCGCAGCUUGGCCAACCCCCCCAGUGCCCCCGUCUGGAUCCUCUGUGCCCCUCAGCUCUCAUUUCCCACCUUCUGCCCGUCCACAAUUGCCAACGGGAGCACGUGGGCAAAGUUAACCCUGUGCGAGUCUUGACUCUUGACUUUCUGAAGAGAUGGCAGCGAUCAAAGCCCACCAGGAGCCUUGCCUUUCUUGGCGAUUCCAAGACGUACGAGAGAGCGAAUCACAUAAUACCACCCCCCCCUCCCGUCUCAACCGGACUUCCCACAGUGUCCUCUCUCCAGCUCCCUGACUAUUAA